UCAGCGCUGUACAUUACAGAGGGGGACAGUACAUGAGACAAGACAGUAACAAUACAAUACACGAGGGGUUAGAGGGCCCUGAUCCUUGGAGCUUACAAUCUAGGAGGGAGGGGAUAGUGGUACAGGAGGAAGUGGCUGUGGGGGAUGGAGUGGUAGGAGGAGAGGAGGAGAUCAGCUGUUAGGUGAGGGUGGGGUAGGCUUCGAUGAAGAGAUGGGUUUUCAGGGUGCGCCUAACGGUGAGGAGAGAGAGGUUUUUAGAGAUCGCCUAAAAGUGAGCAGACCAGGGGCGGACUGACCAUUUGGAAACUCGGGCACUGCCCGAGGGCCCGGGGUCAGUAGGGGGCCCCAUGAG